AUGGAGAGCGCAGUCAACGGCUCGGACGCGGACUACCGGAGCCAGCUCCCCGCGCUUUACAACGACAGCCGCUUCUGCCGGAACUUCACCGACGGCAACGGCACCGCGAGCUUCGCCGAGGCGCGAUGCGACGGGGACCGGCAAGUGAGCGGCGGCGUGGACGUCGACGCCAACCCGGUCAUCAUAGCGAUCGUUAUCACCGCUCUCUACUCCAUAGUGUGCGUGGUGGGGCUGGUUGGAAACGUGCUGGUCAUGUACAUCAUCGUCAGAUACACUAAAAUGAAGACAGCCACCAACAUCUACAUCUUUAACCUCGCUCUGGCCGACGCCUUGGUCACAAGCACGCUACCGUUCCAAAGCGUCAACUACCUGAUGGGGACCUGGCCCUUCGGGGACAUGCUGUGCAAGAUGGUGAUGUCCAUCGACUAUUACAACAUGUUCACCUCUAUCUUCACGCUCACCACUAUGAGCAUCGACCGCUAUGUCGCUGUGUGCCACCCAGUCAAAGCACUGGACUUCAGGACACCCCGUAACGCCAAGAUUGUCAAUGUCUGCAACUGGAUUCUCUCCUCGGCCAUUGGGUUGCCCGUUAUGUUCAUGGCCUCCACCGCCGUCACUCCCUCCAGUAUUGUCGACUGCAAGCUGAUUUUCCCCCACCCAUCCUGGUACUGGGACACCCUGCUGAAGAUCUGCGUGUUCAUUUUUGCCUUCAUCAUGCCUGUCCUCAUCAUCACCGUCUGCUACGGCCUCAUGAUCCUGCGGCUCAAGAGCGUGCGCAUGCUGUCGGGCUCCCAGGAGAAGGACAGGAACCUGCGUCGGAUCACCCGCAUGGUCCUGGUGGUGGUUGCCGUCUUCAUCGUCUGCUGGACGCCCAUUCACAUCUUUGUGAUCAUCACAGCUCUGAUCAACAUCCCCAGCUCCACGCUACAGACUAUCACCUGGCACUUCUGCAUCGCCCUGGGCUACACCAACAGUAGUCUGAACCCGGUUCUUUAUGGAUACCUGGACGAGAACUUCAAGCGUUGUUUCCGUGAGUUCUGUACCCCGAGUCCCUCAGUGUUGGAGAUGCAAAACUCGUCCCGGACCGGAGCCAAUAACCGCAAGCUCCCACAGCGCGAACACAACAGUGCAAACACAGGAGAAAGAUCCAAUCAACAGAGCGGCCUCAUUGAUCUAAGCCUCCUGUCCUAACCCUCAUCUUAUCGCUAAUUCUCUCGGUUGUAAAACGAGCAAUUAAUUGUCUUAUGUUUGCUGAUUUCAUAAAUCAGCGUCUGUCACUUUUUCCUCCUUUUUUUCUUUUCUUUUAUAAUUGUUUGCAUACGUGAGCGGACAGUAUAAGUUGUAGGGUUACUUGAAUGUAAAUGAUCUAAUCUGAUUUUGGACUUUUGGACUUCUACUUCUAGUAACUACAUUACUGGACAGGAGCUGUUAUUUAAAGUCAUUCACAGUACCAGCUGUGCUUUUCAUCCUAUUUCUGUAUUGAUUCGGCAGGGGUUGAACUCAUCUUACCUUACACCUUAUUAGCACCAUUCUCCAUUGAUUGAUCUGCACAGCACCAUGCUGGCUUUGGCCACUUCAGAAAGACUGACGGUGUUGAUGUACGACUGUGCUCUCUCUUCUCAGUCCACCUAAGCCUUGUUGUCACUUACUGCCUCCUCUGUCUUCAUCCUUUCCUUACUUUUCCUUUCCUUUCCUCUCCUCUCCUUUCCUUACCUUUCCUUUCCUUUCCUCUC